UCUAGCCAGGUCUAUAGCUGUCAAUUGGCCAUUCUGCAUGAAAAAGGCUGCAUCUUUAUUGCAUAUAUUUUACAUAUAUUGCAUAUACACGACAGAAUAUAUUUUAACAAGAAUUAAAAAAACCAAAAUUUGGCGUUAAAUACAAAAAAACGAAUAGACAGUUGAAUUAUUCCUUCACUGCUGACAUGAAAAUAUGUAACACUGCUACAGCGACUAUACGUUCCUAAUUUUUUCUUUGAAUGUGCAUAUUUGUGAAAAUCUUAUGUCUUCUGCUGUGGGGACUAGCGGAUCACUUGUCUCUAAAGUAAUUGUCUGAAUUUUUCCAGCAUCGUGCUUCUCUUGAUAAAAGAUAAAAGAACUUACAAAAAAGGGUAGCAAUGUGAGGAUACAUACAUCAGCACGGGGUAAAUUGUAAUACACUAUUACUCCGCAUACAUACCCGGGUAUAGGCCCAAUGGGUCUUUGAGUGAGAUGUGAAAGAUACUUCAGAAAAAAGGAUAUUUUAUAAAAGACCAGAUAUCUUCGACUAUACAUUCUUCUUUAAGAUAUGUAGCAGGUCUCUUGUUAACAUAUUGGCAUGGGACCACUAAAUCGUUUCCCCUCUUGUUGUCUCUUCAGCCACAUCAGACAUUGAUAUUGAAAUAGAUUAACCGUUAAAGUGAUGUGAUUGUUAAUACAUAAAGAUAUAUCAAAUAAAUUGUAUAUAAAAAAACUCGCAUAAAGGCCCAUGAACUUGACUGCGGGGCAUCAGAGGGUAGGCAAAAACGGCGGCCGAAUGUUUCUCGCAGUUUGUUGCUAGGCAACGCGUAAAGAGAGGAUUAGCAUGCAAGAAUAUAUCAUCAAACUAUAUUUAUUGCUAUGGUUUACGUUUAGUAUUUAAAGAAUGUUCAGUACACCAACAGAAACAAGAAUCUACAACCUGUCAACACUAAAUCAAUAUAAAAUGUUCAGGGGACUAGCAGCCACAAAUUCUAAUGACAUUUUGCUUCAACAUUGGAAAGACAGCAUUGCUGGCCUAUAACGUUGCAGUGAACAAGGUCACAUGGAUGUUUGGUAAAAUUUGUAUGCACAUCAACUUGUGUAACAGAUGUUAGUGCAAGUAGAAGUGAUGCUGUUUUUCAAGUGCCUUCUUCUGCCAUUAGUAUUUAUAGGAGAAGUAUUAUCUAGUGAUAUGCAUAACAUUUUUCAUGAUAAUGCAUACCUGAAACAUGAAAGAUUUCAUGAUGUCCAAGAAACACCAGGAAUAAAAAAAAUUCUUAUUUACACAAACCUGUUUGGAAGUUCUGAAUGGCCAAACUUAAGAGAAGAAGAUGGAGAUACAUAUUUAAAGAAAUUUGGUUGCCCUGUAACUAAUUGCCACUUGGAGUACAGAAAAGAGGAAAAUCAGUUGCAAAAUGCUGAUAUUGUUGUCUUUCAUGAAAGGGACAUGCCUGAUAUUUUGACUCUAAAACAUCUCAGCAAUAAUGAGCGACCCAAAAGUCAAUUGUGGGUUUAUUUCACAGGAGAAAGCCCAGCUAAUUCCCUUGCUGAUAUUUCAAUGUUUGAUGACAUAUUUGAUUGGACAAUGACAUAUAAACAUACAAGUGACAUAUGGGUUCCAUAUGCUAGAUCUUACACUACAAAAAAAAGAAGAUACAAAGAAAACAUUGACUAUGCCAAAGGCAAAACAAAGCUUGUUGCCUGGAUUGUUAGCCAGUGUGGAAAGCUACGGGAUAGUGUUGCUCAUGAACUUGAUCAGAUUUUACCAGUUCAUGUCGCAGGGCACUGUUCUUCUAAUUUUCCAAAUAGAUUUUAUUGUGAAGACCAUUUCUGUGAGAAUCAGCUACAUGACUUUAAGUUUUAUCUUGCUUUUGAAAAUUCUCAUUGUGAAGAGUAUGUAACAGAGAAAUAUUGGCAAAAGAGUAUAAAGAGUGGUGUUGUACCGGUGGUACUUGGAGGUGGCCCAUACAACAGUCCACAUGUGGCUAUCCCUGGGUCAUACAUUAAUGCACUAGAUUUCAAAACAGUAGCAGAUUUAGGAAAAUAUUUAAAAUACCUAGAUAAGAAUAAUACAGCUUAUAAUGAAUAUUUCAAAUGGAGAGAACAUUAUGAGCUCUGGAAUCCUGUUUGUGAUUGGCCAUUCGAGCCUUAUUGGGCUUGUGAGAUGUGUGUUCGCUUGAACAAAGGAGUCAAACACAGACAAAGAGUGAAGAUGUCUGAAUUUUGGAGUGUGCAUAGAAACUGCAGAGGAAACGAGAUUGAAGAAUUACUAAGAAAAUCAGGCCAUGAUCCUUCAAGAUUUGUAGAAAAAUAUGAAAAUACAUUUGGAAGAGUAAGUAAAGAAUUAGAUUAUGAGGAAGAAAAACAACAUCAACCAGAGAUGCACAACAAUAACAAUGAGGGCGAAAUAAGCAUCAAAGAAGAUGUGUACAACUUUGAAAAACUGAAAAAGGAAGCAAGAUUCUUGCAAGAUUCUGCUGGUGAAAGCUAUGUGAUAAUUUUCAUUUUCAGUCUUUCUGUUGUAGGACUUUUGGUUUUUUUGUACAAAAGACUUGCUUGGACUAAAGUUUGUUAAGAAUUUCACUUUUUCGGCCAAGUUAAUUUUUUAUUGUGUUUGUUUUCUCAUCAUAUGAGUGCUUACUCAAAAACAUCAUGGAUCUUAAAUGCCAUGUAAACCGCCAGUUUACAUAUUAUUGAAAUAUCAUUGUAACAAAGAUUGAAAAUUUGUUUUACUUAUACUGAAAUUAUAUUGACCCGUAAUUUUACAUGUCUGUGAUGAUAACAAAAUCAUAUGAGUCAUACCCACUCACAAUACAUAGUAAACUAUUAAAAUUUUCAAAAUAACAUUCCUAGUUCUCCUCUGACUAGAGUCAUUGAUAGUUCUCCUCUUACUAUAGUCCAAAAAUCUUCCGACUUUCUAGAAAUAUAGCAGAAGAAAACUGAAUGUAUAUUAACUUAAGACAUGCAACAUUUAAAAGCUUUGACCCAAAUUAUAGAAUGUAUAGAUUUUGUACUGAUUUUAAUAGAUGUAGAGAAAUUUUACAUUAUUCACCUUUAUCUUGUUAUGUUGUAAAUCAUAUUAUCUGGUGUGUUGCUAGUUUUGUAAAUUGGUUUUAAUUAGCCUUUUGUAGCUAUUCUGAAUGUAAGAAAACAAAUGCUUCUUGACAAUUGAAAUUAAUGUCAAUAGCCAUUGUUAUCAAGGGAGGCCCUGGUCAAAUUUUCCAACAAAG